AGCUGUGAUUGACAUCGAUGCGUCAAAAGGGGAUAUGGAAACAGCUGGUGUCAAAGGAUUACCUGGUCAAAAUUUUAACCUCCGUCUUAUCGGUUCAGCAAAAAAAGGUUGUGUGAAGCGUGUCCUAUUAUCUUUGAUAACUAAUGGCUGGAAUGAACUCGAUCACACUAGAGUUCAACCACCUUCUAGUUUAGGACUUGAAGUAAGACCUCGAAUACUUAGUACAGAAAAAAAUAAUGAUCCGCUAAGAAUAUCUGUAGGGCAGGAUAUAUUACAAAAAUGUGCGGAUCUAGUUUUGCAAAAGUAUUCUAAAUAUCUUAGGGAUUGGACUAUCGAAGAAAAGGAAGAAACGAAGGAAAACUUCGUAUAUUUUAACCGAAAAGCUUCACUAGAAUGUCCACUCUGCAAACGUUUACAUGACAAGGAUCAGUGGUGGUUCGGUCGUGUAUGUGUUAGCAGUAGGAGGUUUAUCGUAAAAUGCUUUCGGCAAAAUAGUGAUGAACAUGGGGAAGUUUUUGAAUGUGACCCAUCUAUUGCAGAAAAAAUUCAGCAAAAAAAUAAAAAUUCUUCAAAA